GCUCCAUGGCAUGUGGAAUCUUCCUGGACCAGGGAUCAAAGCUGGGUCCCCUGCAUUGGUAGGUGGAUUCUUAUCCACUGGACUACCAGGGAAGUCCUAGAUCAGAGUUCUGAAUGCUGAUAUGUGUUUAGAUUUGUCCCAAACAGAACACAUGCUUAAGGGUGGAAGAAAGGAACAAUUUGUGAAAUAUGUAGUAUGUGUCAGAUGCUUCCACAUAGGUUAUCUCGUUUGAUUCCCAACAACACUGGAUGGUGGUGUUUACAGAUGAGCAAAGUGAUGCUCAGAGUGGGCAGGUAACAUACUCAAGAUCAGACACCUGGUAAGUGAAAGAGCCACAUUUACACUUGGGCUGAAACCACGGGUAGAAUCUAUUUCUGAAGCACAUUCUCUUCUUGUCCACGAUACUGUCUACUUCUUUGGGUAGAAUCAGGUUGGGAUCAAGGGUGGUGGGAGAGAGAGGAAAUAGUCUACUAAUGUGUUGGUGAAGAGUGAGACAUUUCCCUUCUAAGUAAAAAGAAGUUACUGUUAAGUAACAAUAGUUUGCACCUGAUGCGAACAGCUGACUCAUUGGAAAAGACUGAUGCUGGGAAAGAUUGAAGGCAAGAGAAGAAGGAGGAGGAGAGAGCGGCAGAGAAUGAGAUCAUUGGAUAGCAUCACUGAUUUAAUGGACAGGAACUUAGGUGAACUCCGGUAGAUGGUGAGGGACAGAGAGGCCUGGAGUGCUGCAGUCCAUGCGGUAGCAGAGUAGACUUAGUGACUGAACAACAAUUAAAGGCUGACUCCUAUCUCACCCGGUUCACCAUCCCUCAGACAUACAAUUACUCAGUUCUCCUUGUGGAUCCUGCUUCUCACAUGCUUUAUGUCGGCGCCCGGGACACGAUCUUCGCUAUAUCCCUGCCCUUUUCAGGGGAGAGACCUCGAAGGAUUGACUGGAUGGUGCCUGAGGCCCACAGACAGAACUGUAGGAAGAAAGGCAAGAAGGAGGACGAAUGUCACAAUUUUGUCCAGAUUCUCGCCAUUGCCAAUGCCUCUCACCUCCUCACUUGUGGCACCUUCGCUUUUGAUCCGAAGUGCGGGGUUAUUGAUGUGUCCAGUUUCCAGCAGGUUGAAAGACUUGAGAGUGGCCGGGGGAAAUGUCCUUUUGAGCCAGCUCAGCGGUCAGCAGCUGUGAUGGCUGGGGGCGCCCUCUACGCUGCCACUGUGAAGAACUACCUGGGGACCGAGCCGAUCAUCUCUCGGGCUGUAGGUCGCGCUGAGGAUUGGAUUCGGACAGAGACCUUGCCAUCCUGGCUUAACGCCCCAGCCUUUGUUGCAGCCAUGGCCUUGAGCCCAGCCGAGUGGGGGGAUGAAGAUGGAGACGAUGAGAUCUACUUCUUCUUUACGGAGAUUGCUCGAGCGUUUGAUUCAUACGAACGCAUUAAAGUCCCGAGGGUGGCUCGUGUGUGUGCGGGCGAUCUUGGGGGCCGGAAGACCCUCCAGCAGAGAUGGACGACCUUUCUAAAGGCUGACCUGCUGUGUCCAGGGCCUGAGCACGGCCGGGCCUCGAGUGUCCUGCAGGACGUGGCCAUUCUUCGACCUGAGGGUGGAGCAGGGACCCCUGUCUUUUACGGCAUCUUUUCCUCCCAGUGGGAAGGGGCUGCCAUCUCUGCUGUCUGUUCCUUCCGACCCCAAGAUAUUCGGACUGUGCUGAACGGUCCCUUCAGAGAGCUGAAACAUGACUGCAACAGGGGACUGCCUGUCAUGGACAAUGACGUACCCCAGCCCAGGCCUGGAGAGUGCAUCACCAACAACAUGAAGCUCCAGCAGUUUGGCUCAUCACUCUUCCUGCCUGACCGUGUGCUCACCUUCAUCCGGGACCACCCGCUCAUGGACAGGCCAGUGUUUCCAGCUGAUGGCCGCCCCCUCCUGGUCACGACCGAUACAGCCUAUCUCAGAGUUGUGGCCCACAGGGUGCCCAGCCUCUCAGGGAAAGAGUAUGAUGUGCUCUAUCUGGGGACAGAGGACGGACACCUCCACCGAGCAGUGCAGAUUGGAGACCAGCUCAGUGUCCUUGAGGAUCUGGCUUUAUUCCCAGAGCCUCAGCCAGUUGAGAAUAUGAAGUUAUACCAAAACUGGCUCCUGGUUGGCUCCCGUACUGAGGUGACACAAGUGAAUACAGCCAACUGUGGCCGUCUGCAGAGCUGCUCAGAGUGCAUUUUGGCCCGAGACCCUGCCUGUGCCUGGAGCGAUCCGCUAGCUGCGUGUGUGGCCCACCUGGGAGAGCGUGGAGGGCUGGUUCAAGACAUAGAGUCAGCGGAUGUCUCUUCUUUGUGUCCUGAAGAGCCUGGAGAACACCCGGUGGUGUUUGAAGUUCCUGUGGCUGCAGCUGCACAUGUGGUCUUGCCGUGUUCCCCGAGCUCAGCCUGGGCAUCCUGCGUGUGGCGCCAGCCCAGCGGAGUGACUGCACUCACCCGCCAGCAGGAGGGGCUAGAAGUGGUGAUAUCCCCAGAGGCCAUGGGUGCUUAUGCCUGUGAGUGUCAGGAGGGUGGGGCAGCCCGCGUGGUGGCUGCUUACAGCUUGGUGUGGGGCACCCCGCGGGGCCCCUUGAGCCAGGCUCACACAAUAGGGGCUGGACUAGCAGGCUUCUUCCUGGGAGUUCUUGCAGCAUCCCUGACUCUCCUCCUGAUUGGUCGGCAUCAGCAGCGACAGCGACAAAGGGAACUUCUGGCUAGAGACAAGGUGGGCUUGGACCUGGGGGUCCCACCGUCUGGUACCACAAGCUACAGCCAGGAUCCUCCCUCUCCCUCUCCUGAAGAUGAGCGGCUGCCCCUGGCCCUGGCCAAGAGGGGCAGUGGCUUUGGUGGCUUCCCUCCACCCUUUCUACUUGAUCCUUGCCCAAGCCCAGCCCACAUUCGGCUAACUGGGGCUCCUCUAGCCACCUGUGAUGAGACGUCCAUCUAGGGCCGGGCAAAUAAGCACCAGUGCAUGAGUGACCCCUGGAUGGAAUGACCACUGGGAUGCUGGGGGGUCAGUGGGCCUGGAAUGUCACCGUGGCCUCUGAGUUUUCUUUGUCCUUUGAAUGGUCACUUCAACUUCCCUGUCUGCUCUCUCUGGGCCUGGACGGGUUCAGGGCCAGGACUUGCCAGAUUCCCCUGAGAGAUCAGAACUGCUGUCACAGUGAAUCGGGACUUUUCCUGCACUUGCCUGCUCAACCCUUGUGACCCCUUCAGCCCACUCUCUUGGGCUUGUUAAUUUGGCGCUUUGGCCCAGGACAUCGCUGUGACUUUGCUUUCGGGUUGGGCCCUGGCCAGAAGGAGGAACUGUGGAAGUGUUUGGGGGCUCAUGUGCCCUGACUCCUUGUGCUGAUUCUUGAAAUGUAUGUGAUUCUCUGUGGGGAAUGCAUGCUCCCCAAACUGCAACACGCAAUCUCUGUCCUGAGAUCUACCCCAUCCCAGUUUUCCUUCUUCCAUGAAAGAGCAUGUGUAAAUACACGGGUGUUCAUAGAUUACCUGGCCACACGUGCAUGGAUGACUGGCCCGAUGCUCAGGUGUAUUCAUGGGAUGUUGAGAGGGUCAGGUUGGAGUAGGGCAAUGCCUACAGGGCUUUAGACCCUGUAGCCAGUGAGGGAAUGGUUCUCCUUUCUGAAAGGAGGAAACCACUGCCCUGUCUCCAUCACCUCUCACAGCCCUUCUGUUGAGUAGACAAAAACCCCGGAAGUGAUCUUCUGGGUGGAAUAGUACAUAUGACCCUAUCAUUUUCUUUGUUUUUGCCUCCUGGCUGCCACCACUGCCAUGCACAGCUACUCUUUCUCUGGUUAGAACCCUCUCCUUGACUUCUGUUAAAACUUCACAACAUUCUAAAUAUCAGGGGAUAGCAAAACGGGAACAGCCAUGGUAAAUACAAGCUGCACAAAGAUAGGUUGGUUUCGGUGACUUUACUCAUGACAUCCUUGCUGUAAAGCAGGAUUUCACCUGAGAUUCACGGCCUCCCUAAAACCAUAUGCAAGAUGCUGUCUGUACACGUGUGUCUAUAUUUUUCUCGGGGGUGGGGGGUUAUGACUCUCAUCAGAUUCUCAAGCCUUAACAAAAGUAAAGGACCACUACCUGAAAGUCAACACAUGUUGGCCAAGCUGACGUAGUGCCAAGCAGGGGCAGCUCUUCCUGCCCUGCCACACUUGCCCUGUGGCUAGCCUCUGGACUGGCAGCUGCUGGACACCUUCUUGUUGCUCCAUUCCUUGGAAGGUGGGCCCUGUGCCUACUUGAAGACACGUCAACUCUCACCAAGUGUAAAGACCUCCUCUUGCUUCACAACUCCCAGGAGCUCUAGGCUUCUCCUGCUCAGUUCCAGUCUUGGCCUGUGAAUGUGCCUCAUUCAUCCCUGGUGAGGGACCCCCCUGAACUCUCAUAAAUGGUCCAGCCUUUCCCAGUUGAGGUUUUCAGCUCUAUUUUCCUUGACAGCAGCCCGUGAACUACUCAAGAGUCCCCUUGGGUUGUGAUUAUCGGUGGCUUUGCUGUAAGUAAGUGUGUGAUCUUCAGCAAGUAAUCUAACCUUGGAACAAUGGCUUACUCAUCUGUAAAGUGGGGAUAAUAAUACCUACCUCAGGGUUGCUGCAAGGAUUAAAUGAGAGAAUGUGUAAACAAUAAAGCACUAUGUAUACCAGUA